CUAUACAGGCGUUCACACCAUAAGCUUUUCUAACAUUGUUUUCUCGCCUAAUCUUACCCUACCCUCUCUCUCAUCUCUCUCAAAUUUCAAAACCCUAAAUAAAUCUCUUUCCGAAGACCUCCGUCUCGUCGUCUCAGAACAACCUCCCCUCUCGCAGGAAAAAGAAAUGAGUAGCCGUUCGAGUAGAACUCUGUAUGUUGGGAAUCUUCCUGGCGAUGUUCGCGAGAGGGAAGUGGAAGAUUUGUUUUACAAGUAUGGUCCUAUAGCCCAUAUUGACCUGAAAAUUCCACCAAGGCCUCCAGGUUAUGCAUUUGUUGAGUUUGAAGAGGCUCGAGAUGCGGAAGAUGCUAUUCGUGGUCGUGAUGGCUAUGAUUUUGGAGGACAUCGUUUGCGGGUUGAACUUGCACAUGGUGGGCGUGGGCGUUCAUCAGUAGAUCGUCAUAGCAGUUAUAGUGGUGGGCGUGGGCGUGGGCCGUCCAGACGUUCUGAAUAUCGUGUGUUAGUCACUGGAUUGCCAUCUUCUGCUUCAUGGCAGGACCUGAAGGAUCACAUGCGUCGAGCUGGGGAUGUUUGUUUUUCCCAAGUUUUUCGUGAUGGUAGUGGAACAACAGGGAUUGUGGACUACACCAACUAUGAUGAUAUGAAAUAUGCUAUUAAGAAACUUGAUGACUCUGAGUUUCGGAAUGCAUUUUCUCGGGCUUAUGUUCGGGUUAGGGAAUAUGAUUCUAAGCGGGACUCCUCCAGAAGCCCUAGUCGUGGUCGAUCACUCUCAAGAAGCCGUAGCAGAAGCCGUAGUCGUAGCCGCAGCCGCAGUCGUGGACGGAGCUAUAGUCGGAGCAAGAGCCACAGCAAGUCUCCAAGAGCAAAACCUUCGCGAAAGUCACCAGCAAAGUCAAGAUCAAGGUCUGCUUCUCGUUCCCGCUCUGCAUCAAGGUCUCGCUCUUUGUCAAGGAUCUUGUGGAAAUAUGGUUCAAUUGCAUGCAACUCGUUUGGUUGCAGAGAUUUGGAACAAUGGAGACAAUGGACUGCGAUAAUAGAGCUGGAUUUCUUUGCAAGGAAUUGCAAUAGUAGAGCUGGAUUUCAAUCUCGAUCAAGAUCCAGAUCUCCUUUGCCUUCUCGUCAAAAAGGAAGGAGUAAGAGUCCAAAAAGACGGACUGCUAGCAGGAGUCCAAGUGGGAGCAGAAGCAGGAGUAGGAGCAAGAGUUUAUCGAGAGAGGUAACAGGGUAUUGCGUUAGCAUUUAACUCAGUGGAUGGCACUUGUAGUUUAAAAAUUAUGAGCAAAAACAUUUUUCAGAUAGAAUGAGAAGGGGAACCAAUAAAUAAUCAAGUAGAUGCAGGUAUAAUGUCGUGUUCGGUGGACAAAUUGGUAAGUGACAUAGGGGCAAGUUGAUAAGUGGCCACGUGAAAUUUCAACGCCAAACAGUGAUAUGUCGAGGGAAUCGAUGAGGAACGAAAUUCUCCAUCCAUAUUUCCCUGGGUGAUCGUGAUUUUCUGUGGUCAGGGUUCAACGAUGAGGAUAAUGAAGUUGUAUGCCUUUUGUCUUUCUGUGGUAAUGGGAUCCUUAACAUUUAAGCUUUAGUGGGGGAGAAAAUCCUGAAUAAUAGAACAAUAGGAAAAGAUAAACAACAAAUUUGUUUGGCAAUCGUUUCUUUUAGUAAUGAACAAAAACAAAUUACUAAUAAUACUGUUACGUGAUUUAUUUGGCUU